CAAAAUGAAGCCUCUACAGGUCUCUGUGUCCUGCUUGCUCUCCCUGCUUGUCCUGGUCGCUGCAGACCUAGUGGUGAAGGCCUCCAGCCCCGAUGAGCUGCAUCUCCACGUGCCGCUCUCCUGUGACCUCUCCUGUGACUCCACAGAUGACCAUGGAGGACAAAUCUCCUCCAACGACACCCCGGCCCCAGGCUCCGUGUGUCAGUCCUGUAACCCCCCACGAAGCCUUGCUACACCGGCCGAAGAGGAGCCCCUAGCCUCCACAGAGGAGGUCCCCAUGGAGAGGUUGGCUAGCGAAGAGGAGCCCCUAGCCUCCACAGAGGAGGUCCCCAUGGAGAGGUUGGCUAGCGAAGAGGAGCCCCUAGCCUCCACAGAGGAGGUCCCCAUGGAGAGGUUGGCGAGCGAGGAGGAGGAGGCUGCAUCUGAGGAGGUGGUAGCUGAGGAGGAAUCUGUGGAGUCUGCAGAGACUUCAGAGGAGGUCCAAGCAUCAGAGGAGAGGGUGGAGGAAGCUGCCUCGUCUGAGGAGGAAGAACUGGAGGAAGCUGCCUCAUCUGAGGAGGAAGAACUGGAGGAAGCUGCCUCAUCUGAGGAGGAAGUAGUGGAGGAAGCUGCCUCGUCUGAAGAAGAGGUUAUAGAGGAGGUUGAGGCAGAACAUGAAGCUGAGGAAGAAGAGGUUGUAGAGGAAGAGGAAGCAGUGAAGGAAGCUGUGGCCAUGGAGGAGGAAGUGGAUGUAGUUGAAGAGGAAGUAGAGGAAACAAUAGAAGAACCUGCAGUAGAGGAACCUGUUGUUGAGGAGGUAACGACUGAGGAGGUUGCCGAGGAGGAGGCAGUAGAGGAGGCAGUAGAGGGGGCAGUAGAGGAGGCAGUAGAGGAGGCAGUAGAGGAGGCAGUAGAGGAGACAGUAGAGGAGGCAGUAGAGGGGGCAGUAGAGGGGGCAGUAGAGGAGGCAGUAGAGGAGACAGUAGAGGAGUCAGUAGAGGAGGCAGUAGAGGAAGAAGUAGAGGAAGAAGUAGUAUUAGUGGCUGAACCUGUGGUGGAACCCAAGCUGGUUGAAUCCGAGCCAGAACCUGCGGUGGAACCUGAAGUGGUUGAACCCGAGCCAGAGGCGGUGGUCAAGGAGGUGGCUCCAGAACCAGAGCCUGUUGUAGAGGAAGCUGCUCCGGAACCCACUCCGGAACCUGCGGAAGCCGCUCCAGAACCUGUAGAAGCAGGUGAGGUGGUUGUGGAGGCAGUGAAGGAGGAGGAGCUGGUGGAUGAGGUGGCAGCUGUUUUGGAGGAGGUACAUGUUUUUGAGGAGGAGGCGACUGUUGUUGAGGAGGCGCCUGUUGAGGAUGUGACAGUGGAGGACACACCAGCAAAGGCAGAAGCACCAGUAAAAGUGGGUGAGGAGGCAGCAAAGCUCAGAGACUGCUCCCACAUCGAUGAGAUGCUCCGAUUGGUUUCUGCCGAAUCCUCGCCUGAGUUCUCUGCUGCUAUGAAGAAGCUGCAGCACAUCUACCACUCAGCCAUCAAGCCCAUGGAGACGGCCUACAAGUACAACGAGCUCAGAGCUCACGAGGUCACAGAUGGAGAGAUCACCUCCAAGCCCAUGGUACUGUUCCUGGGACCCUGGUCUGUAGGCAAAUCCUCCAUGAUCAACUACCUGCUGGGCGUGUACGGUACCCCACAACAACUUUACACAGGUGCUGAGCCCACUACAUCUGAGUACACAGUGGUGAUGCACGGUGACAAGUUCCGCUCGGUGGAGGGCAUCGUGAUGGCAGCCGACAGCUCCAGGUCCUUCUCCCCUCUGGAGAAGUUUGGCCAGGGGUUCCUGGAGAGGCUGGUGGGGAUUGAGAUGCCCCAUAAACUGCUGGAGAGAGUCACCCUGGUGGACACGCCUGGGAUUAUUGAGAACCGCAAGCAGCAGGAGAGAGGCUACCCCUAUAGCGAGGUGUGUCAGUGGUUCAUUGACCGUGCUGACCUCAUCUUCCUGAUGUUUGACCCCACCAAGUUGGACGUGGGCGGGGAGCUGGCGACACUGUUCAAACAGAUGAAGGGCCGAGAGUCCCAGAUCCGCAUCAUCCUGAACAAGGCAGACAGCCUGUCCUCCCAGGACCUGAUGCGUGUCUACGGCGCCCUGUUUUGGUCCAUGGCUCCUCUCAUCAACGCCACAGAGCCUCCCCGGGUCUACGUCAGCUCCUUCUGGCCCACAGAAUACGCAGCCGACACCAGCCGAGAGCUCUUCAUACGGGAGGAGAUCUCACUGCUCGAAGACCUCAACCAGGUAAUUGAGAACCAGCUGGAGAACAAGAUAGCCUUCAUCCGCCAGCACGCCAUCCGGGUCAGGAUCCACGCCCUGCUGGUAGAUCGCUACCUCCAUACAUACCACGAGAAGCUGGGCUGGUUCAGCGACCCCGACGAGGUGUUCAGGGACAUCGUCUCAGACCCUGACAAGUUCUACAUCUUCAAGUCCAUCCUGGCCAAGACCAAUGUGAGCAAGUUCGACCUGCCAGACAAAGAGGCCUACCAGGACUUCUUUGGCAUCAACCCUCCAUCAGGCUUUAAGCAGCUGUCCUCCCUCUGUUCCUGGUCGUCAGGCUGUCUGAUUGACAAGAUAGAGAAAGCUAUCACUGUGGAGCUCCCUGCCCUACUGAUUAGCCUGGGAAGGAAAGACAGUCCACCCCCAGCCAAGGCCACCCCAGCCCCUCCACCACCACUUCCUGAGGCAAAACCCAAGAACCGCUGGCGAAAGGAUUGAGGAGGAGAGAUGAAGAGAGGGAUGAAUGGAGAGAAGAGGACGGGGAGCAAAGGAAGGAAGACAAAAAGGAGGGAGGCUGAAGCCAGAGGCUGUACUGGGGUGACUGGACACGGGGAAGAGAGGAGAGAGGGAUGGGGUGGAGGAUAGGAAAUAUGUACAGCUGGGGAAGAAGGGGGAUUGAAGCCACAUGAAGCAAAUGGGAACCUUGCAGGCCCAUUAGAAGUAAUCCAACGAGAAAAAAAACGGAAACAAGUUUUUUAACUAUUUAAAUCAGAGACUCUUAUCUUCCUAAGUGUUAUUAUUUAACUCCGAACGAGAACAGGGAAAUAUAAACAAGAGUUUGUUUUAUUUCUGUUUGUUUGCCAGUUUGUUUAUUUUAUUUAUUCAAGUUUUUCUCUUCUUCUUCAUCCGUAGACAAGAGGGAAAAAUACCAGCGAUCAGUUACAGCAUAAUAUUCUAUUCUAUUGUCUUUAUUGUCAUUUCAAAAGGGUCUGGAUUUCUGUGCUCCCUACCAGCAGUCAGUUACAGCAUUCUUCUAUGGUAUUGUAUUGUAUUUUAUUGUCUUUAUUGUCAUUUCUAAACAACAGCUUAUCUUCGUUGUCAGUGAGGUAUGUCAUUGCUGUGUAAGAACGCAUUUGUACAUUGAUGCCAGUGAAAUGGGCCGUAGCCUUCUCUUCCUGUUGUUAUGGCUUUGCCUCAAUAUACUGCAUGUCAAAGUCACAUUAAAGCUGUAUUUUAUCCUUGUA